AUCAACAAAAGUGUUAAAGAAAGGAAGUUGUUUUCAAAGGGAGACCACAGAUACCCCAUCCGCGUUGCUGCGGGUUAAAAGCAGGUGGAAAUUUCCAGAUAAAUACAAAAACGUAAAUAUAUCUCCAGGGGAUAUACUCACCUUGAUAAUUGGCAACAUUUAGAAUUAGAAGAAACGACGAAAAUACCCCAUUCAUCGAUAGUUUUUAGUCCGAGAAAUCAUAGAUGAGGAAAGCUUUGCUGUUACAGUUACCGUAAAUCUUGACUGAUUUUCUGGUUCAAUCAAUUAUUGACAUAUCCGUGAUGGCAACCUCAUGUCUUCGAAUAGCUGCAGCUCUUCUGAUGUGCCUCAGUCUUGUUGCUUACGGGCUUGGUAAAGAAAUUACAAGCGAAGUGAGAAGUAGCAUGAUUGAAGCUUAUAACUUGUCGCGCUCGAUAAACCGUAGUCUAACCGGUUAUGACAAGAAAGUCAGGCCAAAUGCAGGGGGACCUCCUGUCAUCGUGAAGAUAGAAUUUAAAGUCAUAUCCUUUGGAGAAAUCAAGGAAGCUAAUAUGGAGUACUCGAUGGACAUUUUUAUGCGACAAUGGUGGCAUGAUCCAAGGUUUAAGAAUAAUUAUAGUAAACCGUUCAAUAUGGCAGCGGAUCCCACAAAGCUUUUCUGGACUCCAGAUACGUACUUCUGGAAUGUAAAAGAUGCUAAAUAUCAUUUCGUCACCCGAGAGAAUAUGAGAGUGAAAAUAUCGCCCGAUGGGGAGAUUUAUUACAGCACAAGGAUAACACUAACAGCUCAAUGUGAUAUGGAUUUGCACCUUUACCCAAUGGACACUCAGUAUUGUCCUCUUAUCAUAGAAAGCUAUGCGUAUACGACAGCAGAUGUUGAUUACCGCUGGAAGGGAGGAGAUAAACAAAGUGUAGAGAUAGUGUCGAAGGAAAUGGCUCAGUUUGAUCUGACUGAUGUUAAAACUUACACCAAGUCGCAGACGAACAGUAAAGGUUCCUUCGCAAGUCUCAAGGCGGUGUUUUCAUUUCGACGGCGCACAGAGAGCUUUGUUUCUGCCAUAUUUGUCCCAGCAGUAGUCCUGGUUGUUUUGUCGUGGUGUUGCUUCUUCAUCUCCCCUUCAGCUGUUCCUGCCAGAGUGGCUUUGAGUAUCACCACUAUUUUAACCUCCAUUCUACUCAAAGGCAACGUUAACAGAGACAUGCCUAAGGUCAGCUACAUGAAAGCCGUUGAUUAUUUCUUGCUGACCUCUUUUGGCUUCAUCUUCGCCGCCUUAAUCGAAUUCAUCAUCGUCCUCAACACCAGUCCAGUGUUUUCUCCACCUUCCUGGUUCAAGAAGGACAAAAGAGGAGACAAAAAGGAAAUUGCAAUGGAAUGUGAAGCACACAGCAAGGGAAGUGUUGAUCUGAUUGUGCAAGUGAUGGAUGAAGGAGUUUGUAGAAUCAGGAAUAACAAGGGAAAUAUCAAGCUGAAGCCACAACCAAAACAGCAACUUCCCUUAACGCCGCCAGUAGCAACAAAAACUAAGGCGCACUGGAUCGACCGAUUGUCAAGAUUCCUCUUCCCAACUUUGUACGUCACAUUUCUCGUCGCGUACACCAUAUACUACAGUGCGCUCAGGGAGGAGAGCGACUCCAAGGGACAUGUGUUGGACUAGAGAAUUCAACAAGAAAGUUACGGUGGAGUCUUCAACGAUAUUUAUCUAUAAAAUGUGAAGAAAUUUCUUUCCAUUCAUUUUUGAACAACUGUAGAUAUGAGAUAAAAGUCGAUAAUUCCUUCUGUAUCAGAAUCGGCCCACUUUGACGUACAAAGCACAAAAACCAACCGAUUAAAACAAUGCCGAUUUUGAAAAACGAGUUUUACGAUGCAGUUUCAAAAAGCACGAAUUUAGGGUAAAACACUCUUGAGAAAAACUUAGAUUCCCAUCUGGAUUUCGAAGCAAAUCCCUGGUCACCCUGGCUAAGGUUUCUAUUGGGAAUCAGAAUAGUUAUCAUACUGAUAUUAGCCAAUCCGCUCGUCUACCUUUCUUUCCACUACAAUUGAUAAGACAAUUAGAACUCUUAAAAGCGAGGGACAAAGAGUUUCUUUGCGUGUGAUGAGUGUCCUACUUUAAAUUUAGUGUCUAACACGGAGAAUCUGAUAUGGUUUAUAGAAGAAUAUUGGGGGAUUGAUAGAAAAAGGCAAUUUUGAUGUAGGGGGCCUGGACUGAUAAUUUAUGAUGCAGGGCUAACUUAAGGAAUCCAAUUUUUUUCAUUCAAUGUAAAAGAAAAUUGGGUUUCUCAAGAAAAGCGAUUAAUGUUAUAGAUCCUACCUCCUGAGCUCUUUUUUGAAUAAUCAUUGGUGACAAACGUAUCUUUAAAUGAUAAAAAAGUACCCGAAAAGUUCAUUGCUGAUAAAAAGACUCUCUACGUAUGGUGUAGAUUGUCAUCCUGGAAGAAAGAUGAUGAAAGGGGUUUCACUUAGUUCACGGUGUUCUGGAUAAGCUUAAAAAGAGCAAAGAUAAAAUACCAAAUCAUCUCCUCGAGUAAAGGAAUUGACAUUAUUGUUCCUGCCUUUUUAACCCUUUUAUAAACAAUUUCAAUAAGUAUCUAUCCUAGACUUUCUACUCUUUAUAAGAUGAAUCAUUAAUCAAGAUAUGUAUUCAUGAUAAAUAGAUGGCUUCUUCCUGAUGUAAUUAUUACAGUAUGCUCAGUUGAAGAAAAGCGCACGAAUUCUUAUCAUGUUAACAAAAAAAAAAACAUGACAUUAAUAAAAAUUGAUUUGCCAGCCAACGGUCUUGGUUUGUAAAUACGACAAUAGUCAGUAGAUUUGCGAUUGAUGAAGUUUUAAAUAUCAUUUGGUUUAAAUAGUCCUUAUUGAUAACAUGAUAAGGAGAGUUUGGGCAGCGAUAAUAACAGAUAUGAAUUUAGUUUAUUUGGUUCUUACCGCAUCAUUACGAUGGACACAUAAACCCACUCAGUAGGUAAAUUUAGUGUUACGUAUAUGGAGUAUAUGCUUAUUUUGGAGCUAUUGAUUUGGGAGAGGUCCUUCAAUAUAUUGAAGGGCUUAAAGCUGUUUUACGAAUGUCGAGAGAAACCAAGACUAGUGUUAAAUAUAUGUUAAGCUACUGAAAAAAAAAUUGUUUCAACUCCCACUCUCCAAAAGGCAGAGGUUUUUUCGAAGCUCUUAAAAGAAGCAGUUCGUUGUUGAAUUUAAGAUAUUUAUGAUUGAAGACGAACGGAGGAUUUCAACGUUGCUUUGCGAGAGGAAUAAGAUCUUCGACAGCUCUUUUUACGUUGAUUCCAAAGGUCGCAUUCUCGCCUAAUUAAGAUCAGCUGAAAUUUGCAUAAUCUAUUCACGGCGGCCAUAACCAUCAUUUUCAAGUUUUUCUGGCCGAUUUCCCGAACAUUUCUCCUUAUUGAUAGGAGUAAUAUUACUCUAAUCAUUUUAUUACAAUAAUUAUAUAUUCAUUGUACACUGUAUUAGCAUUGUCGCACUUGCACUUGCAAAGGCUGCAGUUUGUCAUCAGAGCACGUACAAUUUUUACCUGAGUUUUUCAUACAAGAGCGCAAGCCUCGACGCAAUUCAAUUCAGCUACCAAAAUAAAUAUUGCAUAUCAUAUGUAUAUGAACAGAUAAUGCAAACUUUCAAACUUUCGCGUAGCAGUAAUGAUUCUUCGCGUCAUUUUACGUCGCGAAGACUGUAAGCUGUAAGAUUCGAAUAUGACUGCAAAGUAAUGCUGAUUUGUUUAAAUAAUUAAAGAGUACUCCGUAUAGUUAUGAAGACAGAUAA